GUCGGAGGUGACUGAGGCGGCGAUUAAGAUGGCCAAGUGCUACACGGGCAAGUUUGAGAUUGUGGCCUUUGUGGCUAGUUAUCAUGGUCUGACGCAGGGGGCGGGAUCGGCGACGUAUUCAGCUGGAAGGGCCAACGGGGGUCCUUGUAUGCCUGGGCAGCUGGCAUUCCCUGCUCCGUAUGCUUAUCGCUCGCCGUUCAAAAAGGCAGACGGGUCGUAUGACUGGGAGACAGAGAUGGAUUUCGGCUGGGCGAUGAUCGACCGGCAAAGCGUCGGUUCGCUGGCCGCGUUCAUCAUGGAACCGAUCCUCUCAACUGGCGGCAUCCUCGAUCUUCCACGAGGCUAUCUGCAGCGUCUCAGCCUCGAAUGCAAGAAACGCGGGAUGCUUCUCAUCGUGGACGAAGCGCAGACAGGCGUCGGCCGGACAGGAAACAUGUUUGCUUUCCAACACGACGACAUCGUCCCUGAUAUCCUCGCUCUAUCCAAAACGCUGGGAUGCGGUCUCCCCCUUGCCUCAGUCAGCACGACACCUGAAAUCGAGCGAGGCUGUAAAGAAGCCGGUUUCCUCUGGCUGACGACACACCUCAACGAUCCCCUCACUGCUGCAGUGGGGAAUAAAGUCUUGGAGAUAGUCGAGCGAGACUCCAUCACCCAGCGUGCAUCUGAGCGCGGUGCACAACUCCGCGAGGGCCUGCUCAAGUUGAAAGAAAAGUACUGGUGUAUUGGCGAUGUCCGGGGUCGGGGACUCUUACAGGGGAUUGAGAUUAUCUCGGGUGCGGACACGAAAGCGCCAGGGUCGGAGUUGGGACAGGCUGUGUCGGAGAGAGCGUUGGAGAGAGGUCUUUCGUGUAAUAUCGUCAAUCUGCCCGGUAUGGGAGGUGUGUUUCGUCUUGCGCCGCCUGUGACUGUUUCCGUGAAGGAGAUUGAAGAGGGGUUGCAGAUUCUGGAUGAGGCGUUUGAUUAUGUUCUGAAUCAGUCCAGGUAGAAUGUGAAUAGUAUCAUGCAAGAGGAUUUCCCGCA